AUGGAGCCCGCUCUUGAGCCUAUCAGUGGCCCGGGCAUCUGGCGCCCCGCCGCCAUCCUCGCGCUGACUGUCGCCAUCGUCCUCGUCGCGCUCCGCACGCUCCGGGCACGCGGGAGGGGCAACUUCCCGCUUCCGCCGGGACCUCCGCCGGAGCCAUUGCUGGGACACUGCCGUACGGUGCCGCAAGACGCCGCGUUCAAGCGGUACGCCGAGUGGGCCAGGGAAUACAAGAGCGAUGUCCUAUACUUCCAUACCUUUGGCACGAAGUGGAUCGUCCUCCACAGCCUCGCCGCCGCGACCGAGCUGCUCGAAAAGCGAGGCGCCAACUAUGCGGACCGGCCCCGCUUUGUCAUGUUUGAGGAGAUGGGCUGGUCGCCGACGCUCACCUGGCUCCGCUGGGGUCCCAAGUACCAUCUCCACCGGAGGGUCCUACGCCCGCCGUUUACAAGGUCCAACGUCGGCCAGUACGCCGCCAUGCAGCGGAAGGAGGCACUUGUUUGCUGCCAGGGCAUGAUCGACAAUCCGGACCACUGGCUCACCGCCGUCAGAAGGUUCGCCGUGGCCAUCGUGCUCAAGAUAUCCUACGGUCUUGAGGUCGAUGGCCCGAGCAGCCGGUGGAUCCGGUUGGCCGAGAAUGCUGCCAACGCCGUUGGAAAGUCUGGCGCUCCGGCGAGCUCCAUCAUGGACCGAUUCCCGGCGACUCGCUAUUUCCCGGACUGGCUUCCGUUCAUGGAGAGGCUGCGGUACGCCCGCACCUGGAGAUCUGCCAUUGAGAAUAUCACGAGCCUGCCCUUUAAAGCUGCAUUGAGCCGCAUGGCCUCGGGCGCCGACAGUCAAUCCUUUGUCCGCACGAGAAUCGGAAUUCUGCACGAGGACACUCAAAAGGGAUUGCCCAGCGAAUUCAGCAUAGAGGACAUCAAGGGAGCGGCGGCCACUAUUGUCAUAGCUGGCAAUGACACGCGCAAGGCCCAGCAGGAAAUCGACCGCGUCGUGGGCAAAGACAGGCUGCCUAUCAUGGAUGAUAUUCCCAACCUGCCCUACACGAACCUGAUCCUGCAGGAGACCUACCGCAUGAACCCGCUGUCUCCCCUAGGAAUCCCCCACGCCAGCCUAGCCGACGACGUAUACAACGGCAUGUUCAUCCCCAAGGGCACAAUCGUCUACCCAAACGUGUGGGCCAUGCUUCACGACGAGUCCAUCUACGCCGAGCCGUUCCGUUUCUGGCCCGAGCGGUACCUGCCCAGGGACCGGGGCGGGAACGGGGAACCGUUGCCGGUGGGGAACUUUGGAUUCGGGAGGCGCAUCUGCAUCGGCCGGAAUCUCGCCGAGAACAGUCUCCUCAUCGUCCUCGCCACCAUGCUUGCGACUGUCGAUAUCAACUGGCCGCUGGGAGCGGACGGGCAACCGGCCCCCUUCGAGCCGGAAUGGUCGUUCCGGGGUCAAGCGAUUGUGCUGCCUUUCAAAACGUCGAUCACCAGCCGCUCUACCAAGUCGAAAGCGUUGUUGGAUGCAGAGGUCGCCGCUUUGGGGGCUCGCCAGGAAUGA